CCUCCAGCUUCCUGGCCCAGCCCGCAGCUCCGCCGGCCCCCGCGGGGAGGAGACAGCGGCGAAAGCGGCGGCAGCAGCGGUUCCUUCAGCCCCGGCAGGCCGGGCCCGGGCUUAGGGCCGAGGGGGGCUGCGGCCCGGCGGGAAACCGCCGCAGGAAGGUUGGAUGGCUGAGUGAGAAUUGGUUGUUCAGAAGAUUCACGAUUGUCACUGGGGAUUACGACAUGUCUAAAGAAAUGCAAGAGCUGCAGAAGCAAUGGCACUCUGUGGUGGAGUCUAUCCACAGCAACUCAAAUGUUGUUGCAUUUAUGAACUCUCGUGUUGGCCUAUAUUUAGAUGACCAUCCUUUUGUUGCAUUAUCACUCCUGAUGUUUGUUGCAGUGUCUGCUAUUCCUGUUGCAUUUUUCCUGAUUUUUAUUGUUACAACAGCCAUAAUGGCUUGUAUCGGUGUGAUAGUCAUGGAAGGUGUUGUAAUAUCCAUAGGUGGCAUAGCCCUCCUUUGUGUGCUAUGUGGCCUGGGUGCCCUUUCACUUGGAGUUUCUGGAGUACUGAGUGUCUGUUACAUUGUUCUUUCAACUCUGGUCAACUACUGGUACGCUACAAGAGGUGAAAUAAGAAAGCAAGAAGCUAAUGGAAGUUUUUCACAGAAGAAUCCUUCUGUCACGGACCUUUCUGGCAACAAAGGAAAGAAUGAAUAAGUGGAAUUCUCCCCAUUUCCUUCAUAUGCACUUAAGCGUACUAUUCUGACCUUUGCAAUGUAAUUGUUUACUUGGUGAGCAUUCAACCUCUGUGCACUCCUUAUGGGAAGUGAAAAAAAUCAAUAUGCAUCUUAUACUGUCACUGUAAAACUAAUAGUAAGAAUACCUAUUAAGCAGUGCAUUGUGAUACUAAGUCUAUGUGCAUGAUGAAAUGAUCCAAAGGAUUUGGUAAAGGGAUAUAAUAAUAACAGCUACUAGUAAGUUGGUGACAAUUAGGGGAAAGGGGUAAGUGGGUAUUUGACUUCCCAUUCAUUAAUGGAGUUUUAGAUGUACUAUCUUUUGAAAUUUGUAUGCAGCCAUGGGCCAUUUUGAUACAUAACUGACAAAGGUCAGAACAUCAAAUGUUUUUGAAUGUUGAAAAAUAUUUUUAAGCCUUAACAGCCUUCAUUAAAAUACUGUGAGCAUGUCAUGCUGAUGCUUUAUAUUUUAAGAGGAAAAUUGAGUUACAACAUACCUUAACUCGUGGUAUAAGCUUUUAUAUACCUUCAAUUAUUGCAUUUUUCUGAAGUAGUAUUUUCCUUGUUCUCAUUGCCUCAUCACAUCAAUGGUAUGCAAUUUGGUCUUGCGUUUUGUUAUAUUAUUUUGCAUAUUUAAAGUGCCUGUUUUGCUUCUUAUUUGUAACCUUGUACUUUAUUUAAACUUUUCCCAUUUUUUCAAAUGCUAUAAUAUUUUUAAGCAUUAAGAAAGUAUCUAACUAUAUUAGUUUAAUAAAGUGUUGUUUGUUUAACCAA